GCGAUGAUUUGGCGGUAAAUCGUACUCUCUAUCCUAAACGAUAUAGUGAUAUUGCACCCCAUGUACUGACUGAGAUCAUACAGUUACUAAAGUAUUGUUUUAAUUCAGGUUGAAAUAAACAAUGCAGUGCCAAUUGGAAGAAAAGCCAUACUCUUGUUCGCUCCAAGAAACGGACUUAUUUAUUAAUGAUUAUAUUGAGAAGGUACUAGAAGAAAAACCCGUUCAGCAACACUUCGAGAAGUGUCAUAUUUCAACCUGUUCUAAUAUAUAUUUGACUGAAAACUAUUUUACACAACCCGCAAUCACUUGCAUUAAUAAGCAAUCCAAAGGUAAUUGUGCUCAUCAAAGUCAAGAUACUAUUAUUGAAAAUAAUAAUAAUAAUGGGUACGAAAAAAUACAUGAAAAAAGUGAUCAGAUUAUGGAAAGCAAACAACAUUUAUUAAGAUCAAGAAAUUUUUCAUGUCGUUCUAACGCUGAGGAAUAUAAUAAUAAUAUGCAGAAUCAAAAUGCAUGUGAAAUAAUAGCUGAUGGAAUAAUAACUUCAAAAUCACUUGGCUUAAAUAGUUUAAGUGACUCAUUGGCUCAUAUCGAAAAAGAAAAAAAUCCAUUUGGAAUACACAAAAAUUAUUCUAAAAUUUUUCAAUCAGAAUGCUUGAAGAAACAAAGGUAUACUGAAAUGUGUUUUAAUCAAAUAAUUAUGUUGAAAAAGGAAAGAGAAGUUUUGGAACAAAAGUGUCAACAAAAUUUUCGAGGAUCUAUUGAAAAUGAACUCUAUUCUUCAGCUGUACUAAAUAUAUCAGAAAAUUUUUAUUUGAACCACCCUAUUAUAGCACAUGCCUUGCAAGAGUAUUAUAAGGUUUCUGAAUUGAUUGAUAAUUUAAAAUUGAUUAAUAUACCCAUUGGUCGAGCCUUACCAGUUUACGAAAUGGACCAUUGGGAGCAAGUAAUACACGAUGCUUAUCAAAAUGGAAGACUGGAGUAUAAUCGAAGAUUAAAGAAAACACAUCUUUCAACUGAAGAAAUGAAUGUUUAUCGAAGAAAAAUGCAGCAGUUACAUCAAUGUUUUCGUACAGUACGUACAUAUCUUUGGUACAUUCAAGUUAUUCUUGAAGCCAAUGUUAUGCAACAGUUAGAUACUAAUUUCAAUUCAUUUAUAUAAGUAGGUAAAUCUUCAUUUAGCUAGUAAUUAAUAAUUGUAAUAUGACAAACUAUCUAGUCCAAUUACCUGCAAUAAACUGAUGCCUUAGAAAAGGCACAAUAUAAUAUAUUAAAUUGU